CCUUCAUUCUCUCUCUCUCCUCUCUCACACACACACACACCCCCGCUAGAAUGAGGAGGUGUGCGGCUCUGUUGCGGCGAUCCUGGAGCUUGAGCGGUGGCACCGCAAUCGGGGGCUUCCGUCGACGACCCCAGUUUCGCCUUCCUCUUCUAAGUUAUGCUGAUGACGCACGACGAGCCGUCCCUUCCGUGGUCGCCUCUACCUUCACCGCUCUCUCUCUUCCCCGGACCUUCUCAUCCACUUCGUCUCCUUCAGGUUCGUCGAACAUGCACCUUAUCAAGUCAGAAGAACAGUUAAAUGGUGUGCUUGCCAAGAUCCGAGAUGAGUCCUCACCAGCAAUUUUGUACUUCACUGCGGCAUGGUGUGGUCCUUGCAGAUUCAUGUCCCCUGCCAUUGAAGCACUGAAUGAGAAGUACCCUCACGUGACUACAUAUAAAAUUGACAAUGAUCAGGAGGGCAUUCAAGACAAAUUGAUGGAGCUGAGGAUAGACUCUGUGCCGAGGCUUCAUUUCUUUAGCAAGGGGCAGAAGGUAGAUGAAAUUGUGGGAGCUGAUAUUGAACGCUUGAAGCAUACAAUGGAUAGGCUAUACAAGUGAUUCUCUUCCGUCCUCUUGGGCCUCAGUGGCUGACAUAACUGUUCCUACCUAUUGGGCCUCAGUGGCUGCCGCCCCUGCAUAGGAGGGCAUCACCUAGUGUAAAGUUUAUCAGGUGACGACCAUAUAUUUCUCUGUUGUGUUUGUCUGAGACUUUUUGGACUGCGUUUGGUCAUGUUUUUCAUUGAUUAGAACUACCUAGCGUGAAAUAACGCAUGUUCUGUCGAUGAAAGCCUCUAAUAAAACAUUGGGAUCUUUCUCUUGGCUGCC